GUGAAGUAGGCCAAGAACUUGGGUUCUGCUGCUGCGUAUGGAAUUCAAGUGGCUGUGGUUCGCGACAAUUUUUGAUGUUUGUUGCUGCGAUGUUUAAUUGUCGAUUUCACGUAGUAUGCAGUUGAUAGAUUAUACAAUUAAUUAAAUAUUGGUAGGGUAUGUGCACGCAAGAAUGACUCAGCCAAGCCUAAUCGACACCAACUGAAUUUUAGCCAGAAGUAUCCUUAGUUAACUGUCGUGAGAUUGUACAUGCUGAACAUUAAAAUGGCUAUAAAGAAAGAAAAGUACGAGUUGAUCGAAGAAAUACCCGACGAUUCAUCACUUAAGCGAGAUCAGCGUAUUGAUAUAAAGUAUGAGGAGGGUUAUGAUCUACCUGCAUUUCCAGUAAUUCUAUGUGAAGAUAAGCUUAUCAUGGACGUUAAACUGGAACCAGAUUCAGACAGCGAUGGUCACCAGAUGUCUUCAGUGAAUGAUGGCUCUUUCGGUGGCAUGAAAGAGGAACAACGAACUUUGUCGGAGAUUACAAGUGAGGUAAAGGAAGAAUCGUGGAAUGUUGGGGAGUUCCUAGAAGUGGAAGUGACAACAGAAGAACAUGAAGUCCGUCGCAAGAGAAUGGAGCAGUAUAAUAAUGAACUCAAGGAGUCAUUUGGUGGUGAUGUCCAUAUGUAUGGUCAGCAGAUUCGCAGCGCAGUAUCGGAUGGUUGUCGUGAUUAUGUAAACACAAAAGUUUCUGGAAACACUGAUGGUGGUUCCCAAACAAAUGCAGUGGAAUGUUAUAAAUGUAACACAUGUAAUAAAAUAUUCCCAAAGCGGAAUGGACUUAUCCGACAUAUCCGUAUACACAAUAAAGAGGCUUACAAAUGUCAAACUUGCCACAAAGUUUUUGCACGAAGUGACUAUCUGGAUGCACAUAGAAGAAUUCACACUGGAGAGAAACCAUAUUCAUGUGAAGUCUGCAAUAAGCGUUUUACCCACAGAGGAUCCCAAAGGAACCAUCAACUCACCCACAGUGGAGGAAAAUCAUAUCAGUGUGAAAUAUGUAAGAAGUAUUUCUCUCGCAGAAAUACACUAUAUGUACAUUACCGCAUCCACUCUACAGAUAGACCUUAUAAAUGUGAAGUUUGUGAUAAGAAUUUCUUACGUAAAGAAAACCUGACUGUUCAUAGGCGUGUUCAUUCUGGGGAGAAACCGUAUAGUUGUGAUGUUUGUAAUGAACGUUUUUCAUUAGGGUCGACUCUUAAGAAGCAUUAUCGUAUACACACAGGCGAGAGACCGUAUAAGUGUGAUGUUUGUAGUAAAGCUUUCCGUCAGGGUGUCAGUCUUCUUAAACAUAAACGCACUCACACUUGGCAUCCAGGUACAAAUCACAAUAAAAUGUGCCCUGUCAGUAUUGGAGGACCUGGGAAGAAACAUUUCCAACAAAUGGGAGGGCACAUGUCUGUACAUGUACCCUUGAUGAAGGUGGGAGGUGAAGAACUCAUGUCACUGGUAGAAUGUACUGCAACAAACAUUAUGAUCCAUCUUCUGCAGUCAUGUUAUCACAACAGGGUUGAUGGUCUUCAGGUCAACAUGGACGCAGUCAAAGAAGAACUUGAUUCAAAUAGAGAGGUGCUGCCAGUAUUCACAUUAGUCAACAUAAAAACUGAACCAGAAACAGACAUGAUUGAGGAGUCAUCUGAAGAGAUGUCAGGCCAUACUUCUGAUUUGGAAACAAAUGAAGAUGCACUUACUGAAAACACAAGCACUCCAAGCACCAAGGAGAGAUCCAGCAUUCUUGCAGCGAUGCGCAGAGCCAUGUCAGAGGGAGGAACUCAGCUGGACCCUGAGAGCAGUGAUGAACUAAUAUGUGGUGAUACUACAGAUCACGGAGACUCAUGGAAGUCUGAAAUAUCAAACAAGGAACAGGAAGUGUCUCUACAAACCUUGGAAGAGUUAGCAGUGUGUCAGGAUGACUCAGCUGGUGAUAGCAGUUCAGCACAAAUUGACUUCAAUUUUCCGACUAAGCAGGAAUUUCCUGUUGAAUCUUUUCCCAGUAGUCAAACUGGGAAAUGCGAUAAGAGUUGUCAGACUGCACGUGAAAUAGAAUAUUAUAAAUGUAAAGUAUGCAAAAUGGUAUUUCCUACAAAAAAGUAUCUGAUGUUGCAUAUUCUUACACACACUGACAAGAACCCAUAUAAGUGUGACAUGUGCAGUAAAACGUUCUUGCACAGUGGAAAUCUCGCAAGACAUCGCCGCAGUCACAAAGGAGAGAAGCCAUAUACGUGUGACUUGUGCAAAACAAAUUUUUCACGCAGGGAAACUUUGCAACGACAUUUCCGAACUCAUACAAGGGAAAAGCCGUUUAAAUGUGGAAUAUGUAAUAAGUCUUUCUCGGAUAGUGGUUAUCUUGUGACGCACCGACGUACUCAUACUGGAGAAAAGCCGUAUAAGUGUGACAUGUGCAACAAAGAGUUCACUCAAGGGGGAAAUCUUACUAGACACAAAAGUACAUCUGGGGUAUGCAAACUGUUGGGAACUAAACUGCUCUGUUAAAUUAUCAGUUGUUCAGUAAAUCAAGGAGCACUUAAUUGUAAUAGGCUUAUCGAAUUAUAUGCUGUAGUUGUCUUAUAGAUUUAACAAAAUAAUCCAUCAGUUUUGCCUGUCCUGAUUAAAAGUAAAAGAAUAUAAUUUGAUUUUACAAUUGCUAAAAUGCAAUUUGCAGGACAUUUAUAUUGUUAUGCUUAUUCAGACUUCAUUUGUAUACAUUUUGCUCUGACUUAGCUCAUUAUUAAUUCUCACUUCUGCCAUUUAAUCGCAGAGUAGAGCAGCAUAUAACCAUUCUUGCACGUAUAGUGAUAUCUAUUGUAAUGAAGGAAUCCAUGAACUUUCAUUCAUAAUCAUUCAUUAUAGCUACAAAGCUGACUUAUACAUUAUUGUAAUAACAGCCAGGUGUCCAUAGUUUUCAUAUCAACAUGAACAAAUUUAAACCUGACCAAAAUUAAUUAUUCUAUUACUGUAAGAAGUGUAUCAUUCAAAUAUAAUUUGUUCUACGUUA